UUUUACAAGUUGAAUAGUAUGGAACAUAUUUUAUUAAAAACGUGUGAUUUACAUUCUCGUCAUAAAUUUUGGAGUUUAUUGCCAAUACUACAAAAUAUUACUACAAAUUCUACGACAAGGAAAUAUACCCAAUCUGAUGGUCUAAAUAUGAGCGUAUAAAUUCAGCAUUCAAUAUUUCGCAAUCGUUCCGAGCAAUUUCAUGGUUCUUAUAUACAUACAUAUGUACAUACGUACAUACCUUCAAUAGGACAAACACAAAAUGUGUUGAAAAUCAACUGCUGGACAUAUUCAAGCACUAAAUAAAUAACUAUUUACAUGGAUAAUAUAAAAUUGAGAUUGUGCUCAAAAUUUCAAACUGAAAUAAUGAAGAUGGAUUUUUGUAAACAAAUACGCUUGGAUGUUGAUGAAUCAGAAUCUGUGAAUUUGAGAUCAAUAAUCAAACAUAUAAAUUGCAAUUGAUUUUAUGCUGCAUAUAUUGCAAAUGAUUGUAGCCAUGAGCUCCCCAAUUCAUAAACAAUAUUGCUUCGCAUCGCCGCGACGUACGAAAACUACUUCAGAAUCUGAUAAGGGAUUACUCAACAAUUCUGAAGAAAGGAAUGCGAAUAUAUUGUUAGAUGACUUACCGCCACAGCCACUCGCCGCAGCAAUGUUUUCUUUCCAGUUGAUGGCAGAUGCUGUUAACAGAGCGCUGCAGCACUGCACAACAUCACCACCCAAAAACUCUACUAUGACGCAGAUUGAAUUUAAUUCUAGUAGUGCCCCGUCAUUUUGUUACUUUUUUAUUGAUAUGCAACCGCAAUCUGAGAAUGAAUAUAAUUUUUCGGACUACAAUAUGAAUUCUUAUCAAAACUACACAAAUCCCUCGGAUAAACAACAACUAAGUAGCUGUCACCAAACAUCAGAGGCGAGUGAUUCGAAGUUUCAACGACAAAGAAGUUUGUCCGAAUGUAGUGAUGACAGUUUUAUAUGCUUCGAGGAUGAUAACAAAAGUAUUGAUUCGAUUGCAAUUGGUUGCACAGAUUGUAAUGGAACGGAUAAAAUGUCUGAAAUCGAUAAUAGUCAAGAACAUCGGAAGCGGGUACGCUUUGAUUUAAAACCAAAGGUUCAUGUUAUGCACACUUGGGAUUACGCUUAUCGGGCGGCUCGGAAAGGUGGUUGGCAACAGAUCGCUCUCGAUCGUGAAAGAUUUCAGCAGAGAAUAAAUCGCAUCGCCCCAACUCUAAAUAUUAUUCUAACCUCAAACCAUCGGGAUAAAAUUUAUAAAGAUCGGUUUUUAGUUAUAAAAUAGUGAUAGAUUCGUUAUAAUAAUAAAUUCUUAAUUCCUGUAUAUAAUCUUCUGUUCAUUAAAGAAAUCUAUGUAGAUAAGUCAAAAUGACCCUGCAUGAAUUU